CAAGAUAGACGGUUGUUUUUCAUUAGGCUCCACACGCAACGAUCGGUGCCUCACAACACGGUCCUGUCAGUUGAGAAACAUCAGUACUCAGUUCACAAAACAAACGGAGAGCAAUUUAGAUUCUGCGCGAUGGACCCCAGUAUUCUCGCAGCCAUGGACAAAGAGGCACUGAAAAAGCAGAUCGAAAACAUGAAGUACCAAGCGUCCAUGGAACGCUGGCCGCUAUCUAAAAGCAUUGCCGCGAUGAGGGAGUACGUCGAGGAAAACGAAAAGAACGAUCCACUCAUACACGCUCCCGACAAGAAAAAUAACCCAUGGGCCGAAAAAGGCAAAUGCGUAAUCAUGUAAUGUAAACUUUAUAAGUAAAUAAAAAAAACAAAUAUCACCAAAUUCUAAACCUGAGGUCUGGACUCCAUCAAAGUUAUGAUUGCUCAAGGAAUCUUCUAGAAGUUUUGGAUGAAGCGGAAGCUUUUCGAAACUGCCAGACAAUAUGUAACAAUUGAACGUCGUAGAUAUCGACACGAGUGUUGAUGGAAUAUUAGAUAAACCAAACAUCAGUUUGUUUUAAUUUGAGUUGUACUAUUUGUUCCCAAAUAAUAAGAUUCUAGUCCUUAUUUUAACGAUGUAAAGAAUGUACAUUUUAAUAUGCGACGCAAUGAUGUACUUAUGAAAUGUUUUUUGUUGACGAUUUAAAAAGAAUGGUUGUAAAUACGUUAAAUUUUGUAUUACUAGUAAUAGAAUGUUUGGUCAUGAAUCUAUCGGUAGAAGGUAAUUGGGACGGUAAUGGUAACUAGUGAAUGAGAUAAAAGUUAAUUAACAAAAUAACUUCAACGACGUAUGUUGACAACCGAUUUUUUUUUUAUUAGUUAAGUUUGCGAAGAUCAUCCUCAAAAACAGCGGAAUGGGGCGCGAUUUAUAAAAUUAAGAAAUUUUGUUUUCAAAUAAAGAACCCGUACAGUUCCAUACAAAGCAAAGCAACUUCCUCUUCCAUUUUUGUAUGGGAUUGUCUAUGGAUUCUUCUAAGAGUCAAAUCUAUGACUUCCAAAAUUUUGACCUUUGAGUUAUGUUUAUAGAAAAUGGAAUUGAGAAAAACUUUGUCACCAAAUUUUGUAGAGAUAAAUUUAAACUUUAACUGUGAAGAUUCUCCGAGCUCAAUGAAUCUUUACAUUUAAACUUAAUGAUUAAACUAUAGGGAAUAAUCGCAAAUCACAACUUAACAUCUAUUUGCUGAAUCACCGGCUUUAGGAGAGUUAUUAAAAAAAAUAUUCGCAAUAAAAGGGUGAGUGGUUAAAUUGAGGAUUGUUAAAGUAGAACUGUAAAUUUAAGGUUAAAAAUAAAUAUAACAUAAUCUUGUUCGAAACCAAAGUAAUUGUUAAGCUGAUCUUAGGGUACUUUUUUAUAAACACGGGGUACAUUCCGCAGUGCCAUUAUCUAGUAAAUGCUUCUAUAAGUAUAUCUAGUUCGCUAUCUUCUAUAUUCCACUUUCAUAUUAAUAUACAUGCUAUAAUUUAUUACGUGUAACGCAUACUUCUUAAACCUUCUUCAUUUUAACGGUAACCAUCUUAUGAUUUUCAUGUAUUUAGAAAAUUAAAAAGGAAUUACAAUCAAAUUUUAAUCUAGCACUUGAUUAGCUUAGUGUAAUUUGAAAUUUAAAAUGAAAAUGUCUACCUAAGUCAUUCAUGGUUUACUUAAUAAAAGCGAACUAUAGUAGUUUCCCAAUAAAUAUCUAAAUUUAUAUUCUAAGAAUUUCUAAGCUUAUGCUUUACUUAAUUGACGCUUAGAUGAUUUUGAAAAUGUUAAGUGUAUGUUAAAGUAGAAAUAUAAGUUGACUAGAAGCGGCAAGGGAUUAGGUACCGCCGCUACUAAGCGUACCUUUAGAUUCUUCCAUCUUUACAUAACGCCACUAAUAACUUCGAUUGUUGGAAGUAUUAUGUAUUAAAACUAAACCUUGUCUACACUAUCUUGUGGCAAAAGACACAGUUGAUUGAUUCUAGAAUGUUUUCAAGUUGAUAUGUCUCGAGUGAUAUACGUAGCUCUGUGAAGUGUCACGUAACAAAAUGCAGACAGUUAAAUGAGAGAUCAGUAAAUCUACUAGACAACUUAUAGUUCUAUUAUUUAACCCAAGUAGCAACUUAUCUAACAUUCCAUUAAAAGGAUUGCCCUUAAUCCAAAUUUUCAUUAAAAUAGAAGAAAUUUUAAACUUACGCACUGUAGAUACCUAAUUGUAGAUUUAAAAUUUAAAAAAAAACUAACCUUUAAAAAAAUUAAAAUCUCUAUAAAAUACCUUCCCCUAUACCAUAUCUAGAACGUGAAAUGAAAAAUCAUUCUGGCUGUGAAUAAUUCCAUUUUCUUUAGAUGCUUCACCUCAAGUCACUCAUUAGUGAAUCGAAUUUUUAUACAAAAUAAAUGCUAACACCGACAAUAAGAGUUUCACGAACAUUUUUGACAAAAUUUUUUCAUCUCUGCAAUCACAACCAUUAUCAUGUGUAAGAAUAAGAAAACUAAGAAGAGACCACGCUUCCACACAAAACCUAUAAAUUGCCGAUAUCUGUUAUUAAAAAUAGUACUUGCAUCUAAUAUACUUCACAAAAAUUUGAAAUGAGAAGUCUAACAACUUGAAUUGAACACACAGCCGAAUGUGUUCCUAAACUAAGACUUAUACAACAUUCAUUUCUAUUAAUUGAUUAAGUUACAGUCAUAUAAUUGAAAUAAAAAUAGUAAAGUCGUAUUUCAAAGAUGACAUAGAAUGUGGUAUCGUACAAUAACGAUGUGGGAUAAAACUGGAGCUCUACAGGUAUCUUGCUACACAUCCUGCAGUAUUCCAAAAUAAUAACAUUGCAAUGGCACUUCCAGUUUUCUUAUUUUUCCGAACAAAAAUCAUGUCAAUUCCUUAUACGUACUUCUCUUUAAGUAAACAUUAUUAUGAAAUUUUAUUUAUUCGCCAUCUCUCUCUUUCAUAUAAGUUUUUCAUCUAUCUAUCCUUUUCUUAGCCAUGAAUAGUUAAAGUUAGGUCUAGAGUAAACUGUAGCGUUAGUUUUAAUUAAUAAGAAACAAAAAUCAAAAGUUGAUUGUUAAUGUAUAAUAAUAAAAUUGCAAUUCAGAGGUAUUAUCUAAGAUUAUAAACUAAAAUGGAACGAGAUUUAAUUGUUUGCUUUAAAUGAGUUAGGUAAUAAGGGUCCUUGUACUUUAAAGUUAGGAGUGACAAAGUUUUUCUCUGAAUGAAAAAGUUUAGUGCAUUUUUAAUAUUCGAGCUGUUUUUGAGGACGGAAAAGUUUUCUCAUUUACCAUAUUUAAUUUAAUUUAUUGUUUCAAGUUAAAAGUUAAACCAAAGAUUUCCUUGCUUGUAUCGGUAACUGUUAACGGGCGGUUAUGUCUUUUUACGCGUUUCAAUUAACUGUGGAUUGGAAAAAACGUAUUUUAACGUAAACAAUAGCGUUCUUAGAUUCAAAAUCGUUCAACGUUUUAUUCAAUCCGCGUCAGUUAAAUUGAAAUUAAGCUAAGAAUAAAACUUAAACGAUAAUUUUUAAUGGAUUAAUCCGAAAAUUUAAUAACUAGAUAAGGUGAUAUUGGAAAUGAUUUUUUUAGAAUUAAUAGGGUAAGGUGUCGUAUGUAAUUAUGUAAUCAGCAAUCACUGAAAUAAA